CCACGACAACAUCCAUCGACAAGGUUCAUCGAAAAUAGGCCUGCAAAGGCUCGCGAUCGAGGACAACAUGAAGGAAGAGACCGCGAAGCGCAAGGCUGAGGAGGAGCCGUCCUCGCCGACCGCGACAAAACGGGUCAAGCACAAUGAAUCGGCCGAGCCAGAGAAGAAACCUGCGAUGAAGCCUAUCCCCUUCCCCGAGAAGCCCGCCGUUAUCGAAGAGCGCACCGGCGAGAUCGAGUUCCGAGUGGUCAACAACGACAACGAGCGCGAAUCCCUCAUCAUUCUUACCGGCCUCAAAUGCAUCUUCCAGAAGCAGCUUCCCAAGAUGCCGAAGGACUACAUCGCGCGUCUCGUCUACGACCGGACCCACUUGUCGAUAGCAAUCGUCAAAAAGCCCCUCGAAGUCGUUGGCGGUAUCACGUACCGCCCCUUUAAGGGCCGCCAAUUUGCAGAAAUUGUCUUCUGUGCCAUCAGCUCCGACCAGCAGGUCAAGGGAUAUGGUGCGCAUCUUAUGUCCCAUCUCAAGGACUAUGUCAAGGCCACCAGUGAUGUGAUGCAUUUCCUCACCUACGCUGACAAUUACGCCAUCGGAUAUUUUAAGAAGCAAGGGUUCACUAAGGAGAUCACACUUGAUAAGAGCGUAUGGAUGGGUUACAUAAAGGACUAUGAGGGCGGAACAAUCAUGCAAUGCUCGAUGCUGCCGCGGAUCCGAUAUCUUGAAAUGGGCCGCAUGUUGCUCAAGCAAAAGGAGUGCGUCCAGGCCAAGAUCCGCGCGUACUCAAAAUCGCACAUCGUCCAUACCCCUCCCAGAGAGUGGAAAUCCGGCGCGAAGCCCAUUGAUCCGCUGAGCAUAGACGCCAUCCGCGCAUCGGGCUGGUCCCCGGACAUGGACGAGCUCGCGCGACAGCCCCGCCAUGGGCCCAACUACAACCAGCUCCUCCACCUGCUCAACGAUCUUCAGAACCACCAGUCAGCAUGGCCUUUUCUUGUGCCUGUCAACAAGGAUGAUGUUGCCGACUACUACGAGGUCAUCAAGGAACCCAUGGACCUCAGCACCAUGGAGACCAAACUCGAGGCGGACCAGUACUCCACGCCCGAGGACUUCAUCCGCGAUGCCAAGCUCGUCUUCGACAACUGCCGCAAGUACAAUAACGAGUCUACGCCGUACGCGAAGAGCGCAAACAAGCUGGAGAAGUAUAUGUGGCAGCAGAUCAAGGCCAUCCCCGAGUGGUCUCACCUCGAGCCGUAGAAGGGCAACAGGAGAGGCGACAAGAGUGGACCGAGGAAGACGUGGCCGACGGAGAGUCCAAAGGAAAGAGUGUCACGACGGCGAUCGUCUAGAGCGCGCGGAAUGUCGUAGACUUGUUUUGGUCACGAAGUUUUUGACGAAAAUCCAGGGUUGGAUGGGCUUCGGGCUUCAUGGGAAUUGGCGUUGGUUGGCGACUGUUUUCCUUUCUACCCGAGCGGGGUUAUUACAUGGUGCUAUGGGAAGGUUAUCGACAUCAACAGUGCGUAGGUCGUCGGGAUGGCCAGUCGCGGAGUUCUAAGGGGAUCGGCGCUCCCCUUGUUAUUGUAUGGUAUGGCGGAGGCUGGAAAAUUGCAACAGAAUGAAAAAUACCCUUUUCACGCAGUAUUACUUGAAGCAUAGCAUCUUGGUCACUUUGUUAGAGGGAGAAGAAGUGCAUGCCACGUCCUCAUGGACCCGACAAUCGGACAUAUAAAAUUAGCACUUUUGUGGCUAAGGGCUCCCGACUAGAUACAGGUGGUCGCUCGUUGGAAGCGAGCCCUGAAAUGCGUAGAGUUCUCGUUUCCUCGUAAUCCCUUGUACUCGCUGAUCCAGUACUUGC